AUGGUCAUCAAAAAUGUAAAUGUUUCACUUUUCCGCUCUCUCACUCAUCGGCGUCGGCGUCGUCUUCAUCUUCAACUCCGUCUUCGUUUUCAUCGUCAUUUUACUUGGCCAGAGUCACAACUGGAGUUGGAGUUGGAGUCAGAGUCAGAGUCGAAGUCGCUUGUCAAAAAUUGUAAUUAA